AUGUUCAGCUUUCGGUUGUGUUUGUGUUUAGGCUCGGACCUCUCAGACUACUUUAACUAUGGCUUUAACGAGGACUCCUGGAAAGCCUACUGUGAAAAACAGAGGAGACUACGCAUGGGGUAUGAGGUCAUGAACCACGCUUCAGCCACUAAACUCAUGGUAAAAUAUGUAUUUAUUUUUGGACAUGGAUACAAGAUUAUGCAUUAUCACAAUAUAAGUGCAAUAAUUGUUCCCAUUAAAGAAACAUUCUCAGGCUUUGACAUUGUGUGAGUGAGUUGCUCUUCCUCUUAAGUCCACCAGGGACGUUCAGCCCAUAGAGAUAGGGAUGUGCCCUUCCCUGCUUUAGGUCUGACUACACCUCCCCCAGCAACCACUACAAAUCAGCCUUGUCCAGGUAGGUACCCUGGUUUGUCCCCCUCUCCCCUCUCUACCACUGUAUGUAUCACAGCAGCUGUGGCAUGAAUAACCAUACUACACAUGUCUGUGGUAACCACUACCAGCCGGUCAUCACUGCCUCACUUCCCUGGUCACUGCCACCUGGAACCCAUCAGGGUGGUCAAUGGUUUGUAUUGGUCAGUGGUACCUGUGUCUGAGGUAAUGUUCUUACCGAACACAUUACAUCCUGAAAUGUUUUGAAGUGAUAAGUCAUGAAAGGUAUGUUAAGUCACUUAACUAUUAAAUGGCUAGAAAUAAAGGUAUAGGUGCUGCGAGCGUUGCUUAGUUAAUCUGGUCUGUUCCCUCUAAUGAAGUCCUCAUGUGCAUCACCUCCCGUCACGUUCCCGUUAACGGCCACCUGUGAAGGGAAGUUUUUAGCAUUGGGGCAAGCCGAGCCCUACGGGGGGCUGCUUUUACCGUGUGAAGACUGGGACCAUGGAGUUUUACUGCUCAAUUACAGUGGCCAAUCAUUUACGGGCUUGGGCCCGUAGCAGCAGACAUUAGCAGACUGUGUUCGUAAACACUCCUGUCCUCUCAGCCCCAUGGCCUCAUUCUGGUUCCACUCAGGGACCAGGUGCUCUACGCCUCAUAA